UAACUGCCUUAAACCUUCGUUAACGUUCAUUUGCCUCAGUUAAAGAUGAACCUCCGAUUUUGGGCGUUUAACAAAUUUAACCGAGGUUUACGACCAUGACGUAUUGAAAUUGUGUGGUUAUUGUUGUGUGUUUCAUGCGUUGAAUUGUGGAAAGAAGUAUUGCAUUUAUUUUUCGUAAUAAAUCGGAAACAAAUUUCAAAGUUUGUACAUAAUAUGGCUUUUGCACAUGUAUUAUCGUCAUCAGAUGAUGAAGAUUUUGCUAUUGAUAUUAAUCGAAGACCAAAUAAUGUUAGAAGACGACCUGUUCAUUUUUAUGAGUUAGAUGAUGUAGAUUUUCACGCUCGGUUCCGUUUAUCGAAAGAACGCAUUACUGAAGUGUUGGAAGCUAUCGAACCCGAAAUUUCACAUCCGACAGAACCGAACAAUGCUAUUUCUCCUAUGAAUCAGUUUCUCUUGACGUUGAGAUUCUACGCUACUGGCAGCCACUUAAUAUCGGCAGGUGAUUUUUCUGGAGUGAGCAAAACAAUUGCUCAUAGAAUUGUUCACCGCGUAACGGAUGCUAUUGCUCGUCUUCGGCCAAGAUUUAUAAAAUUUCCUACUCUUACGAAUGAAAUAAAAACCGAGCAAAUAAAAUUUUUUUACAUAGCACAAUUUCCGAGAGUUGUGGGCUGCAUAGAUUGCACUCAUGUGAAAAUCCAGUCAUUUGGUGGAAAUGAUGCAGAAUACUUCAGAAAUAGAAAAGGAUACGUGCUCUAUUUGAGGCUGAAGUAUUUGGAGAUACCUUCAUCUUAGGUGAUGGUGGUUAUCCUGCUCGAUCCUAUUUAAUGACGCCUCUACACAACACAGAAAAUUGUGCUCAAGCACUCUAUAACGAAUCGCUCAUUAGAACACGCAAUAUCAUUGAGCGUGUGUUUGGAAGAUGGAAAAGACGAUUUCGAAUUUUGGCACUGAGUUCUCGAUUUGCUAAAGUCGAAAGAGUACUACCAGUCAUUGUAGCAACUGCCAUAUUACAUAACAUUACCCGGCGUGCUGGAGAUCCAUUACCCCCAGAUGAUCCUGAGUUACAGUUGCCUGUACUAUGGGAAGAAAUUUUGAAUCACGGAAAUGUACCGUUUAUGAAUGAUGCAGCUGGUAAUGAUCAUGUACAGAACAUAUUAAUUAACAAUUAUUUCCGCAACUUGUUAUAGACUAAAUCAUCUCAAGCAUAUUUAAGGCUAUCAAAAGAUUUUGCACGUAAAUCCUCCUUCAUUAAUUCGACUUUAGAUUGAGCUAAAUCAUAGAAGCAUUGGUUACGUCUUACAGCGCUUAUUACAGGCAUUCUUGUCUGUCUUGUCCGCUUUACAGUUUUCUUUUUUAGUCGAACUUGCAGGGUUUUGAUUUUCCUUCGACGAUGUUUCCAUAGCUGCCGUUACUUCAGCA